AAUACGAUCGGAUGGUACGAUUGUGCAUGCGUUACUGGCUUUCGUUUAGAUUCGGACAACGUAACCUGUGUUGAUAUUGAUGAAUGCAUGGAAUGGACAUUCAACUGCUCGGCCACAAUGAGAUGUCAAAAUACGAUUGGUUCUUACAAAUGCCAAUGUGAAGAAGGACUGUACUGGAUUGACAACAGAUGUCGUGAACCAGACAAAGGAGUAGCGCUGCCUCCUCCUCCACCUCCACCAAAACCAAGACAUCCUUCAAGUGAAGACGUCCAAAACAGUGUCAUUGUUACCAUCCUAAACACUAACAUUUCWGAAUGGAAUGUGAUAUUUGACUUGGAUUUUAAAAAGGCCGUGGCUAUAGAAGUUACCAAAGGAUGCGCAGAGUACUACAAAUGCAUCCCUGYGAAAAGACGACAAAGACGUUYAAAUGGAUACAUCACCUUUACUAGUGAUCAAGUACAUCUUUUGCCAGGUUUUCCGAUACAGGUGUACAACUCUUCCAUGUCUGAUCACAUGAUUGCUGACGUAGCAUUCUACGUCAARUUCCCACCAGGAGUCGCCAUUGGAGUUACUGACACAGUUGACAAGAGUCUUCUCAUUGAUAUAGUUAACGGAUCUCUCACUCGCAUUGGCAGAGCCACCAAUAAAAUAUUGCUCUCAGUUAAGGCGUAUGUUGACGACGAUAUUAGUAGAACCACUCGUGCUUCUACCACAGAAAAACCGACAGAAAAUAUUGACAAGGUACCUGGUGCGCUUAUUGGCGGAUCAGUAGCUGGUGCUGCAAUUGUUAUCAUCGUCGUUGUCAUAAUAGUAGUGUUACUCAAAAGAAGGAACACCUCCAAGAGGCAAGAGCMACCAGCGAUUGAAAUGACGCCUGCAUCUUUCACAAAUCAUGGAAUGCAGCUGGAAGGUCGUCCCCAAACUGAUCUGGUUAAUAUUUGAACUUUUUCAACCGCGUGCGUGAAUACAUUAAAAAGUCUCUUCGGUGUCAAUAGUGAUUUGUAUAUGUGAUCUUAAUAAGCAUGCAAUUUUUUUUCUUUCUUUUCCUCCAAAUAAAGUAGAUCAUUGUAAAGUCCUGGCUAAACGAGGAAACAUGGUUUCCGCGCGCAUGUUUCCCUGAUGUUUCCCAGUUUAGCUCCAUGCAAAACAUUGCGGCGUGCAACACAUUUUGCUUCCAAGACGCAAAAAUGUGCGGCAGAAACACUUCAUGCUUCCAAGAAGCAUGGAAACAACGUUUCCCAAUGUUUCCUCGCUUAGCCACAAAAUUCAACAUUCUAAAAAGUCGUUACUUAGCAACGCUCAAUCUUGAAAGUGCGCAUGCCCUAACCGAUGUUGAGUUAACUUGUUUCCCGGUGUUUCUUGACAGUUUUGCCACCUUUGGAAACAAAUAAGGAAACAUGUUUCUGGCCUAAAUCAUUAGAGAAGCUAUUUGAAACAUAAGAAUGUUUAACUCUUCCCGCUCUCAUGCAAAUUUCGAAAAGUUGUUUUAAAAACAUGCAUAGAUAUUGAAAGAAACACUCUUAUUAAUGCUUGAAGAAAAAGCGUAAUAGUGCAAUACAGCUGUGAAUGAGAACGUUUUGCUUUCAAUAGUCAACAGUAGUCAAUAUCUUAUGCUCUUGGAAAUAAAAUCAAUGGGUUUUUAGAAUAUAUCAAGCAUUUCCACUAAAUCUUUUCACAAUUUUCUUUCAGUGUUUUGGCUUAUUUAUCUAAUUUUUUUCUAAGACGCGCUGAAAUAAAAGUGCCACCUAAGGUAGAGCAGACACCAUAUAUAUUUUAACAAUUUAUAAUGUUAAAAUGUUGCACUGAAAAAUAAUAAAACAGAUUAUACUGUCAUCGAAGGUAUAACAUGUA